GUUACAGACAGGAUUUGCUGUCACAGAGAUGUUGCAACUUAGAACCUGGAUCCUUGGGUGCACCCUGCUUGUGCUGAUGACCUUAUGUGCUCCAACUGCUUACUGCAAAACUCAGCACGAAGGUUCUAAACAACUGGAGGACCUGAGACUGGUUCUGGUGGGGAAAACAGGAUCAGGGAAGAGUGCUUCUGGAAACACCAUCCUGGGGCGUGAAAGUGCCUUUAAAAGAGACAUUUCACCCGAGUCUGUGACUGCCAAGUGUCACAGAGUGGAGGUUCAGGAUGGUGGCAGGAGCAUAGCUGUGGUGGACAGCCCAGGGCUGUUUGAUACCAGCCAAACAAAAAAGGACGUGAAAGGGGAGAUUGAGAAUUGUAUUAAACAGUCUGUUCCUGGACCCCAUGUUUUUCUGUUGGUGGUCAGUCUGAAGGCGAGGUUCACCGAGGAGGAGAAGACGUCUGUGAAGUGGAUCCAGGAUAAUUUUGGCUCUGACUCCUCCAUGUAUACAAUAGUCCUGUUCACACAUGCUGACUUUUUAGAGGGUAAAUCUGUAGAGGACUUUGUGUCAGAGAGCAAAUAUUUACGAAAACUCAUCACAGAGUGUGGAGGAAGAUACCACUCUCUUAUUAAUGGCAAGAGACAAAGCAGAGACCAGGUCCAUCAACUUCUAGAUAAGAUAGAUGCAAUGGUGGAGUUCAAUGGAGGAAGCCACUACACCAGCGAGAUGUACCAGAAAGCCCAGAAGGAACUAGAGGAGGAGGAGAGAAGAAGGAUGGAGGAGGAAGAGACAAUCAGAAAGGCAAAGGAGAGAAUGGGUUCAUGUAAAAUGGUAGCUUAUGGUUUUAUGGGACUGCUUGGAUUAGGAGCAUGGUAUCCCUCACAUUUAGUUUCACUUAUAGCUGGAGUGCUGGGACGGGAAGCUUUUGAUUGCGUUAAAGACAUGUUCAAAUAUGAAGGCCAACAGCAUGGCUCCACAACAAUACAAGGAAAUAGGAAGCCCCCCUGUGCUAAGGCCAGGCUUCCACAAGUUUCCCACAACACUCAUGUCUCACGUCAAGCCCGGAGCUGCUCUAAUAUCAUUACUCAGGGCUGGGAUUACUUUUUUGGCCACCUGGGAACUGGGGAAGGUAAAUCCAAAAUAAUGGCUGAAGAAAUACCACUUCGAGAGAAAAAGCAGAAAACUCUACCUCGCUCUGAUGGGUGUGGUCUGAACAACUUCGAUGCUCUGGAUUUGUCUGGAGGCCUGAGGAUUGUCCUAGUGGGAAAAACAGGAUCAGGAAAGAGUGCUACAGGAAAUACCAUCCUUGGGAGAGCUGCAUUCAAAGAAGACCCCAGCCCCGUGUCUGUGACCAAACACUGUGAGACACAGAGCGGAGAGGUGGACGGGACUCAGGUGCAGGUGAUCGACACUCCUGGUCUGUUUGACACAGGCAUCACAGAGGAAGACUUAAAGACCAGGAUAGAGGAGUGUGUCAAGAUGUCGGUGCCUGGGCCUCAUGCCUUCCUGCUGGUGAUCAGGCUAGGAGUCCGCUUCACCGAGGAAGAACGAAACGCUGUCAAGUGGAUCCAGGAUAACUUUGGAGACGACGCCUCCAUGUACACCAUCAUGCUGUUUACAUGUAAAGACCAGGCCAAGGCUGACAAUGCUCUGAAAGAGUGCAAGGAGCUGCGGAGACUCUCCAUUACAUUUGGCCGCAGGUACCAUGCCUUCAACAACAAUGACGCAGACGACCGUGUGCAGGUCACAGAGCUGAUCACCAUGAUCAAGGAAAUGAUACAGGAUAAUGGAGGGAAACACUACACCAACGAGAUGUACGAGAAAGCCCAGAGGAAGCUGAAAGAGGAGGAGGAGCUCAGGAUAAAGGAAGAGGAAGAGAAGAAAGAGGAAGAGAGGAAAAUGUGGGACGCAGAGAGGGAGAAGCAGGAGAAAGAGAGAGAGAAGGAGAAAAAGGUUAAAAGGAAGAAUAUACGAGUGGCGUCAGCAGCUGCUGUGGUGUUGGUGUUGGCUGGGGUGGUCAUAGCAGUGGGAGCUAACACCACAGUGGCUUUGGCUCUAGGGGCUCCUGUGCUCGUCCUUGGUGUGUUUUGUGGUUUAGCUGCUAUUUGUAUUUGGAAAGGAAUAAGAUGUAAAGCCAAGAAAGGAGUCCCAGUAUAACCAAGUCCCAAAGACAUGUCUAUCUCACUGAACUACAUUCUAACAACGGACACCCAUUACGAUUUACUGUUUAGAACAAUCCAGUGAAUGUUUGGUUUAUUCUGCAUUCUGCUCCUCUGAAACAGCACUGCAGUGAGUGAAUAUGUGAAUUUAUUGCUUACAGUAAACCAACGGUAUGAAAUGCAA